CAGUCGCGUGUGUUAGGCGCGCGCGACCACUGUUGCGCGGAUUCCGUUUUUUCGGAAAUCGAGUUCUUUCCGCGUUUCCUGAACUUUGCGAACUUUUCUUUUCAGAUUUAGUACAAAAAAAAUAUGAACUUUUUUUUCUUGUUGUGCUUGUAAACUGAUGUGUAGUGUGACAUUGGAUUGAUGGUGUGAAGUGACACUGUGUGCUGUAUCGUGAUUGUUUUCAGCGUUUCAUUUGCAAUUUGGAUGUCUUAGAUUAAGAUGAUACAAAUACUGGCUGAUAACGAAGACUGAUUAAUGAAUAUUAUUAAUGAAACAAAUUAGGAAAUGAUAUAUCCAUGAAGUUAUUUCUAAGGGCGGACUCAUUUCACGUUGAAGCUGGAAGAGUCCAGAAAUUGCAAUGACUACUACGAUGGCUGCACACCAGGAACCAAUACAUGAACGACUCCAACCAGAAGAGCCAUUGUUCCUCCACCAUGGGACCACUUGGGAGCCCUCGGACAACCAAGAAGACCACAGCACGGACAUGUCUCCUUACUACAACAUGCCGAAGAGGAAUAAACGGAAGAACUUCAAACCCCGGUGCGCUCCCAACGCGACGAAUUUCUCAGACGAUUCAAACGGAGCAAACUGUGAGGAACCGCCUAGUCCUCUCAACGGCAAUGAAAGAACGACACCAGAUCAGGAGGACAGCGAAGGAAAUUACAAGAUAGGAGUCAAAAACUUCAGUCUACUCAAAGGUGGUGCUGUAGACCUAAGUAGAAGACUAAGCACAGACUCAAAUGAAAACGACACGAAUUACCAAAACAGGUUACCUGAUGAUAAAAAGGUGGAUUCUUUCCAGCGUUCGUAUCUCAACAGCUUGCAGAUAAGUCAGGAAGCUGAAAGAGAUAGGACUGUAUUAAACUUUAGUAGUUUACAAAAUAAAAACUUCUGUGCCAAAAAUCCUUUUGCUAUUUCACAAUUAAUUAAGACGAAUUCGCCUCCGAGGAGACGAGAUUCAGAAUCUGAUGAUGAUAAGAGACAGGAUAUUAAUGCUAAUGAGAGAGUUGAAAGCCAGGAACCUUCAGAGGUUGAAAGUCAGGACAAUCAAGAGAAUCAACCAAAUGGCGAUGCGUCAAAUGCAACGAACCGGAUCUUAAGGGAUUAUGCCAUGAAUACUAUGAAGGAACUGCUUGGUAUUUAUGGGUUGUCAUCGAAUGAAGUGGCGGAUGCCAUCAACGGGCAAAUCCGAGCGUUAGAGGCUCUUCAAGGUAAACCUAUGACCCAGCUGCCUCUAAGUCUGAAGCGCCGCCACGACUCAGGAGACGGUCCGGGCAGCAUCAGACGCUCAUCAUCAGCCACGGAAGACGAAGGCUCCACCAACAUUACUCCACCGAAAACUCCCGACAAUGACAUAGAGGCUUCUAGGCAAAGAGCGCUCCAAAUCCUGAACCAACAGACUAUGAGGCUGUUUGGGCGGUCUCAGGGUCAGGAGGAAGAAGGCAGCGGCUCUGAUGAUGGCGAGCAGACCCUGGACCUUAGCGUCUCCAGGGAUGGCGAUGGACAGGAACAAUCAACAACGUCAAGUGCUGGUAACAGCGUAUCGGAAUUUGAACAGCAAAGUAUGCUGAUGAGGAAAAAUUUGGAGGAUUUAGCCAAUUUACAAAUGCAGGGUUUCUUCCAAAAACAGUCUCCGAUGGACGCUGAAGAUUCACAAGAAAGAAAACUUCAGACCAGCGGAUUACUGUCUGCAUUGAAUCAUUUGGAUCAUGCUCGGAAGAACUCUUUGAACACGACUGUGGACUACUCUAGAUAUGUUAAAAGGUACUCUUCGACCCUGGAGUGCGGCUCGUCGUACUGCAAGGAUCUGGGCUACCGGGAGCAUUUCCACUGCAUGGACUGCACAGCCAGGGUGUUCUGUAAGAAGGAGGAGAUGAUCAGACAUUUCAAGUGGCACAAGAAACGUGAUGAGUCCCUGGCCCACGGGUUUAUGAGGUACUCCCCCCUGGACGAUUGCUCGGAACGGUUCUCUGACUGCCCUCACAACCGGAGCCAAACACAUUACCACUGCAUUCAAGAUGGGUGCGAUAAGGUGUACAUAUCGACAUCAGACGUCCAGAUGCAUGCGAACUACCAUCGCAAGGACUCCGCGAUCCUCCAGGAGGGCUUCCAGAGGUUCAGGGCUACGGAGAGCUGUGCUGCCCCGCACUGCGUGUUUGCUGGUCAACGGACUACGCACUUCCACUGCCGAAGACCUGGGUGUACAUACACGUUCAAGAAUAAAGCUGAUAUGGAAAAACACAAGACCUACCACAUUAAAGACGAAGCUCUCUCCAAAGACGGUUUCAAGAAGUAUAUGAAGAACGAAGCUUGCCCAUACCGGGACUGUCGGUUCAGCAGGACCUGCAACCACAUCCACUGCAUCAGACCUCAUUGCAACUACGUCCUGCAUAGCAGUAGCCAGAUCUUCACUCAUAAGAGAAAGCAUGAGAGGAAGGAGCAGGAAAUGACUUUUGGACUGCCAACAUCGGUAAUCCAAUCGGCUCUUCUUCAACAAGGCGCGGACCUGAGCAUCUACUCUCCUGGCUCCAAUAUGCACGAUGACGACCUCUCGAACUCCAUGCUCGAUGGCGACUACCCGCAUCCUUACAACCCAGCAUUGGUUGAGGAGGUGUCCAGGAAAUACAUAGAGACGUUCAACGGCGGCCAGGAAGCUGAAGACAAGUGCGUCAAAUGCAGCGCGUUCAAUAAGCACUACCACUGUUUGGCUGAGUGCUGCAAGAUGGCACAUAGCUGCCACAACACAAUGGUCAAGCACGUGAUGGAGCACGAACAACAGAACCAGGUGACAGAGGCGUACUUCGUGACGUACACGAGACAUAACCCCUGCAGCAACUCUGCGUGCCAACACAUCAGAGACAUUACGCAUUACCACUGCACUUGGGAGAACUGCGGCGCAGUGAUUCUGUCUUCAGAGGAGCAUCCGUUCAGGCGUUUGGAGCACCAUCGCCAACACGCGAUCCUCAGCCCAAUGUCCCCGAACUUGGCUGCGAGAUUCGCUCCCAAUUUCACACCGCAGCUGUCAGCGCAAUUACACCCAAAUAUUACAGCGCAAUUGGGACAAGUGCCAACGUUGGCCAAUCUCCCUCCUAACUUGGCCCAACUAGCGCAGAUGACGCCAAACUUGUCGUCCCCGUUGACGCCGAAUCUUCAAGCUCAGCUGAACCUUGGACCGAGUCCUGGAGUGGUGCCACAACAAGUGAACCCUUCUAGUUCUUUGGAUGAAAUGUUCAGUAGAAAGAGGGGUAGACCCCCGAAGAAUAGGGUGGUUGAAGUUUGGACUGAUAAUAUAACACCUCAAGCGAUAUUUACGUCCUUCAAGCUGCCUAAAAGCAACCAGCUCCCUCCAGUGGUACCAUCACCGGUCAUCGCUACCAUCGAGGAAUUCCCGCGCAUUAAAUUCCAGCAUUUCGAGGUCUACACUACUCCGGACUCUUGCGUCCAGUCUUACCCGAACUGCCAAUUAAGAAUGACGAGACUCCAUCUGCACUGCUUCAACUGCAGCUUCUCCAGCGAGACCCAUGUCAUCAUGGAAACCCAUAUGAGAGAAUCGCAUAACGUAAGCCCUCUCUUAGAAGGCUUCGACUACUUCGGAUCCUUCGAUCAAUGCGGCGGGAAGAGCUGCUUUAAAAACCAACUUCGCGCCCACUUCCAUUGCGCCCAAGGGAACAACUGCCCCGCUAUCUUGACUCAAUACUCGGCUUUAGCUACUCAUAAGCACGGAAGAGGUACUCCGGUGAUAAAGAGUGAGGAACAAGAAAAGAUGUAUGAAGAAGCGAAGGACUAUUCGCUUAAGGAAAGGGCUUCAGCUGACUCCGUUAGUUCGGCGAAAGAACCUAAUGAAUCAUACACACCGACUAAUUUUAGCAUCAAGAGUGAGUUCGAAAGAGAGCAAGACAACGUUUCGGUAGUAAAAGCGACGGGAACCUUUUAUCCGUCAUCGCAUUUGAGAAGCAACACGUCGUCGCCACGAAGCAUCUAUGACGCGUCACCCUCAAAGGAUAUGAAGCUCCGAAUGGACUUUGACCAGAAGAAAUUUGAGAUGCCCAAGAGUUCUGGGCCCACAAUUCCGCCGUCGUGCCACGACCAGAAUUGUCCGUUGAACAAGAACGCUGGUGGAAUGAACCUGCACUACCACUGUCCGCAUUGUAGUCAGGCCUAUGUGGACCUGAAACUGCUCUUCAGUCAUAUGGUUAAGAAGCAUAGUAAUCAAGAACAAGGCCCGGUUGGAUUGGCUGCUACUAAGACGUUGGAGAGAGAAUACCCAGAAAUAUCGAUCUUGCCUUCCACCGCGUCAGCAUCAGCUACCAGCCAGGUGCCGUCUCCAAGUCAACGGCCUCCAAACCCUGCUGAGCAGGUGCAAGCCGUCCAAAGUCUUCUUCUCCAACAAUACCUAGCUGGUGGAAGGAAGGGGAGCCUCCAAGAUCAGCUGAAGAUGCAACAGCAGUAUACGGCCUCGCUGGCGGGGCUACCUGGUCUUGCUCAAGUCGCACUCUUCUCUCAAGGUGGAUCUCCUUUCCCUCUCUACCCGAUGAUGUACCCGCCUGAGUUGCUUCUGGAACAAAGUCUGCUGCAAGGGCAUGGUCUUCCACCGGGACUGGACAAGGAGGCUGAACUUAUCGCUAAGACGAGGCGUACUCAUUCCACCCGAGGGCCACAUAUGAGGGUGUUGAAAGACGAACCUAUUCCUGAAGGCUACCUCCGAUUUAGGUUCAACGAAGACUGCGCUUAUCAGCAUUGUGGAUACAGAGAGCAUCAAACUCACUUCCACUGCACCAGAAAAGAUUGCGGUUAUUCUUUCUGUGAUAAGACGCGAUUCGUUCAACACACUGCUCGACAUGAAAGGUUGGACACCUUGAUGGGCGGCGAUUUCCAGCAGUACAGAGCUAAUGUCUACUGUCAGAGACCAGAUUGUCCACACGCCUCCACAUUCGGUAGGUGUACAGGGCAGAACAAAGCUUCGCACUUCCACUGCCUGAAAUGUGACUUCGUGUGUACAGACACGAACAAAGUGGUGGCCCAUCGGCGACAGCAUCAAAAGUUGGAUUCUAUACAGGCGGCAGGCUUCGAAAAGUUCCCACCUAGUAAAGGAUGCGGUUACGAGCCCCAAUGCAUACACAGUAAGAAACAAACUCAUUACCAUUGCCUCCAGUGUGGAUUCGCCGUCCUCGGCCUCUCUCAGAUGACGUCACACAAAUACAAGCACCAGGAAGCAAACCUUGGACCUUCCACAAGCGCUACAAACUGACAUGCGACCCCGGUUACUAAUACCAAGUUUGAUAGACUUAAAUGUCGUGAACGAACUGUAAUUGUUUUAAAUGUGUGAAACCCUGAAAAUGUAUUAUUAAAUAAAAUCGAAUGACGUCAGAAAAUUUUGACGUCGCUCUGAGACGGCAAUGUGUGAACGUCAAGAAUUAUGCAACGUCAAAAUUUGUGUGAGUGAUGUCAAUUUAGUGUGUAGGAAUUCUACAAAAAAAGUUGUUUGUGCUAUUACGAAGAACAACAUGUAUGAUUGAUUGUGCGUAUAGUAAUUAUUGUGACAAAUACUGAGUGUUUCCCUCGAAAUUGUGCCUUAGAUACAAAUGUUUAGGUCUAUUUUCGUUGCGAGAGACAUAUUUUCUAAAGCCUCAGAAUUGACGGGCAGAUUAUGUGCCAAAUUGAUUUUAAUAUCACGUUGGAAAUAAAGACAAUACAAUUUUAUAGAAGUAGUAUAAAAGAUUAUCGAAAGUGUUGACUAAAAGACCAAUACAAGUGUUCAACACGAAUAAAGUUUUAUUGAAAAUUGUGUAAAAACCUUCAAAUAAGCAAGGCAAGUUUGUGUGAAUUUAGAAUUUAGAAUUGCAUGCUAAAAUUACGGAGUAUGUAUUCCUAAACCCCGACCAAUCUUAGGCGUUAGUUUUAUAUAUAAAAAUAUAUUUUAUUUAUUAGUUUCCCAUGAAAAAGACAUUUUUACGGAUAGUAUUAUUAAUUUAGAUUUUGCGUAAAAAAGGCAAUAAAAAUUGGGUUAAAAACACCAUUUUGUGCCUAACGAUUAAAAUCUUGACAAUAUUAAGGGAUUUUGUGAUGUUUCCUAUUAUAAAAUGUAACAAUUAAACAUCAUUUUUACUUAAAUAGUAAUAAAAAUCACCAGUUCAAUUAGAAAAUAACACAAAAUCCGCUAGAUUUACAAAACAAAAUCAAAAAUAUAUUUAAUAAAAAAAAACUUAUUUAAUAAAAAUGUCAAUUCUAUAAUCAAAAAAUCAUUGUAAAUAAGAUUAGAUUAUAUUAUCGAAAACAUUAUGUUAAUAAAAAAAAUGUAAUUGUUAUAUUGGUAUUUAAAAAUGUAUAAACAAAAAUUCGACAUUAAUGUACAGAAAAGGAGUGCUAAUGUUUGUGAUCCAUGAGGUAGCCAUAAAAUGCCAUAAAUUCAUACAUUAAGUGUUAAAAAAAACUAAAUUUUCUCUGGAUGACUGAUAUUAUAACGAUGUAUGCCAUGAAGUCCCCUAAGAUAAAUAAAACAAGUUAUGUUCACAGAUAAACUACAUUUUUAUAAUUCUUUAAAAACCUUUUAUCGCCCGAUGGGAUAUCAUAUAAGUAUCCAGUUUUUUGAAGCUCGCGAUGGUGCAUGUCAAAUGUUGCAAUACAGUCGAAACGUCGCGGCAUGGAUUACGAUAACGCGACAUAAAAAUAAAUAUCGCGGGCUUGGAACGAUAGGCGACAAGUUUUUUUUUACUAAAGUCAGAAACUAAAGCAGAUAAACAUCGUUUCGUAUUAAAAAAAAAACUGAUAAUAGCGUAGUUUCCAACUAAACAAAUCAAUUACUUUUUACUAAACGUCAAAACACGACAUUACUAUGGAAUUUGUUAACGCAACCUGUAACGUCAUAGAAAAACGUGACAAAAUCUCGCUAAGUUAAAUAAAUAAUCAGAAUUUCACAAUUUAUACUACGCAAUUAUCCCAGAGUGAGAUGAUUCUCUGAGAAGAACAGAUAUUUAAUGAAUUUCUUUGCUAUAAUAAUGUAUACACUAUUGUUUGUACUUGUAUUUGAAUCUUUUCACUCUGAGGAAAUUAUCAGGUUUACAUAUAAGAAACUGUUUUUAUCUGAAACUAGUAUUCCUUUUUCGUCGUUGCCAAUUUAAAAUCUAUUAUGUGCAAUCGGGUCAAUUUUACAAAAAAUAAAAAAUCUUCCGCCUGAUUUUUUUUUGUAUGUCUGUGUGUUAAAAAUAUUAAAAGAUAAUUGAUAUUUACGUACAUAAGAGUUUGUACUGAAUGUUUUAGGAGCAAAAUACUAUUCGAUCCUGACAAAAAAGAAAUUUGGUGAGGGCGACAAGUAAGAGCUUUUAAAUUGGCAACGACGAUUUGCAAAUGUAUGAAGUUCACUGGAACAAAGGGCAUAACGUAUUAUAUUCAGUUACACCUAGACCUUCUGCAUUCCUUCAUUAUUCCCUACAGUUUUUGUACCAUUCCCAAAUUAGUUUUAGACUAAAUAAGGUUUGCUACUCUUUCGAAAAGGAUUCUACUAAAUAAAUAAUAUUAUAUUGCAUUCAUAUUUGGUCAAAAAUUAUAUAAAUACUUUAGAACCCUGUACCAUUAACAUAUUUGAUGUUUAAAGAGACUUUGUUUCAAUUUGUCAAAUAAGUUAAUGCAACAUGGCACUUUUAUCAUAUUUUUAGUUAUAUUAGUUCAAUUCUUAACAAAAUACUUAAUCAAAGAACCGCAUUUGUCAGAACUUUCAGUUUAUAGUUAAAAAUUUAAAAGGGAAUUAAUUAUAUCUAAUAUCUGAUUGCAAAAUGGCGAUCUGAUUCCAAAUGUAACGUUGAGUAGCACAAAUCUAUGUAUUGUUGACCAAACCAUGUAACCUAACCUAGCUUGUAUGAUUUAUUUAUAAGAUAUGUGUCACCUCAGUUCCUACCAUACUCUUACUUUCCUUUGAUUUAUUUAUCGAACAAAAUUUUCACGGUUAACAUUUAAAUGUAAGUCUAAAUCAGCUCAAAUUUCAUUAGGUGGGUGAAUUUAGGUCACCGAAGGAGCGAUUUUGAUGGCUCAUUUAACAAUAUUUCUAAAACUUUAGCUACAAAUAACGUCACAGACAAUACGAGAUAACAGUUAAUGUAAUUACAUCACUCAAAUGACGUGCGUAACCCAACGAUUCCGGAAUACCUGAGGUAACUCCUCUGCCGGAAAACUAAGUCUCAGGGCGUUGUCCUUGUGAACAUGAGGUAACCCUAGCUCUUGUAGCAUGGGUUACGCUAUCGCGCGCGACGCGACUAAAGACUUCAACUGAUAGACAAUAUAAUAUGCUGCGUCUAUGAGUCGAAACCCAUGCUGCGGAGGCUAGUCUAGAUACAAACACUGAUCGAAUAAAUUAAUAGAUUUUGCUUAAACUCUUGAGGUACUUAUUAAAAUAUCGUUUCUAAAUAGAAAUGAAUUUAAAAUAAUAAAAACACAUUAUACCGAGUUCUUACCGCAAUAUUAUCAGGGAUAUGAGACUCCCGAUAUUAACACGGUAAGAACCCGGUAUUAUAUGUUUUAAUUAUGUUAAUAACCGCGUAAACCUCAAACAAUGGAUUUAAAAUGUUAAUCGUGAAAAAAAAUUGUAUGCUAAUAAGUAUGUAUUUUUUUAUACUUACAAUUGUAAUUUUCAAAAAAUAGUCCGUGCCAUAAAAAUAUUUAGUCGCAUUAUGAAUAACUUACACGUAUACAUAAUUUUUCAUUAUAAUUCGCGUUAUCUUGGAGUUUGCGUUUUUAUGUAAUAUUAUUCUUAAAACAACGCUGAUUUAUUUAAUAACAAAAAUCAUUGGGGCCAAAACUCACCGAGCCGCCAUGGCCACGUCGCCAAACAAUUCAUAUUGAAAUGUAGGUACGGCAGGUAACUCAUUUGGCGACGUUUUGACAACGAAUCUGUUUAAUUAUAAAUUGUUUGGCGACGUAGCCGUCGACUGUCGACGUGGCCUUGGCGACGCGGUGAGUUAUGGACCUUAAAAACUAUGUACGACGCAACGCAAUAAAAUAUUUUUUUCAAUAUUGGUUGUUAAACAAUUGUUGUGUUAUCUAAUUUUACGUUUUUUUUUUUGUUUUAAACUCUUUUAAGUUUUCUUUCACAAACUUAUUUUAUUAGUAAUUUAACGUAUUUAUGUAUCUUUAGAGUACGUAGCUUUAAUUUUAGUAAUUUUAUAAAUUAAAGUAAUUCUCCUUUUAAAACGCAGUAUUUGUGCGCAGUAUUCAUUUUGGACUGUUUAACACUUUCAUUUAUGUAAACAUAGAGUGUGAAGGCAAAUGAAAGUCCCCUUGUAAACUUCGCUAUAUGUAGUACCCGACUGUAAAAAAAUAAUUUUAGCAGUUUGUUUGACAUUAAAUAAUUGGUAUGGAAAUAGUUUAGUGUCGUUUACCUCAUGAGUUCUAGAAAUAAAAAAGAAUAUCUAAAAUAAU